AUGAAGCAGAGAUUUUCCUCGUUGGAUGUCAAGGUCAUCGCCCAUGAACUCAAUCAGAGCUUGGUGACGCUCCGCCUGGCCAACGUAUACGACCUUUCGUCAAAAAUCCUACUCUUCAAGUUCGCCAAGCCCGAUAACAAGAAACAGCUGGUCAUUGAUACUGGGUUCCGGUGUCAUCUAACUGAGUUUGCACGAACUACAGCGGCUGCGCCGUCUGCCUUUGUAGCCCGGCUGAGGAAGCUGUUGAAGACGAGACGAUUGACCUCUGUAACCCAGGUUGGCACUGAUAGAAUUCUCGAGUUUCAAUUCAGCGAUGGGCAGUAUAGGCUCUUUCUUGAGUUUUUCGCGAGCGGCAACAUUAUCCUCACAGAUGCGGACUUGAAAAUCUUGAGUCUUGCUCGAAACGUUUCGGAAGGGGAGGGCCAAGAGCCCCAGCGAGUUGGUCUUCAAUAUUCGCUCGAGAACCGACAAAAUUUCCAUGGCAUUCCUCCCCUAACCAAGGAGCGAGUCUGUGACGCCUUGAAGGCGGCGGUGGAGAAGGCUGCUGCCACGACGGCUGCCAAAAAGCUAAAGGGAAAGCCGGGAGGGGAUCUGAGAAAAUGUUUGGCAGUGUCCAUCACCGAGCUACCCCCUGUUCUCGUCGACCACAUCCUCCAGUCCAAUAAUUUUGACACGGCUGUUAAGCCGGCUGAGAUCCUGGAAAAUACAUCUUUACUCGAUGAGCUUGUUAGACUACUGUCAGAUGCUAAAUCCACUGUCGAAAGCAUAACAAGCUCCGAUACAUGUACCGGCUAUAUAUUUGCCAAGAGGCGAGAUGGAAAGCCCAUCGAGGAAGGGGGCAACGACGAUGCCACGAUAGCACGCGCCGAUCUACUUUACGAAGACUUUCAUCCAUUCAUCCCCCACAAGCUUCAAAAGGAUCCCACUAUGAAGACUCUUGAGUUUAAAGGCUAUAAUCAAACGGUCGAUGAAUUCUUCUCCUCGUUAGAGGGUCAGAAACUCGAAACAAGGCUGAACGAGAGGGAAGCAGCAGCGAAGAGAAAGCUUGAUGCUGCCAAAGCAGAUCAGGCUAGAAGAAUAGAGGGCCUACAGGGUGCUCAAGUAACGAAUAUGCGCAAAGCAGCGGUUAUUGAGGCAAAUGUGGAAUGGGUACAAGAAGCCAUGGAUGCGGUCAAUGGACUGGUCGCCCAAGGCAUGGAUUGGGUGGAUAUCGGAAAGCUCGUUGAACGAGAGCAGAAGCGAAAGAAUCCUGUGGCAAGCAUAAUCGUUCUGCCGCUCAAUCUUGCUGAAAACUUAAUGACGCUCAACCUUGCCGAAGAGGAUGAAGAGGAAGCUGAGCAAGCGGAUCCAUUUGAGACUGACGAUAGUGAGUCGGAGGACGAGAAAGACGCCGAUUCCGCCCCGAACAAGGCAGAGAAGCCUGCCAAGGGCUUGAAUGUGGAAAUAAAUUUGGGUAUCAGUCCAUGGAGCAACGCCCGAGAAUAUUAUGAACAACGGCGGACAGCAGUGGUCAAGCAAGAGAAGACGGAGCAACAGGCAGCGCGAGCGCUCAAAAAUGCAGAGCAAAAGAUUACAGAAGACUUGAAGAAGGGAUUGAAGCAAGAAAAGGCACUCCUUCAACCGAUACGGAAGCUGCUGUGGUUUGAAAAAUUCCUGUGGUUCAUCUCAUCUGAUGGCUAUCUCGUAUUGGGCGGAAAAGAUGCCCAGCAAAACGAGAUGCUAUACAAGAGAUAUCUUCGAAAGGGGGACGUGUAUUGCCAUGCGGACUUGAGGGGAGCCUCAAGUGUUAUUAUCAAGAACAAGCCCGCCACGCCGGAUGCACCAAUCCCCCCGGCGACAUUGGCCCAAGCCGGUAAUCUUUCGGUGUGUGCCUCUGAAGCUUGGGAUCAGAAAGCUGGAAUGGGAGCUUGGUGGGUGAACGCAGAUCAAGUGUCAAAAUCGGCCCCUGCCGGAGAAUUCUUAACGACAGGAAGUUUCAUGGUACGAGGAAAGAAGAACUUCUUGCCCCCAGCACAGCUUCUACUCGGUCUCGGAAUCAUGUUCAAGAUUAGCGAGGAGAGUAAAGCGAGGCAUAUCAAGCACAGAAUUCACGACGUUGACUCGGCUCUCGGCUCAGACGCAGGGGCAGAUGGCAGCGACAUGCCCAGCAUUGCGUCGGUAGCAGAUUCUGGAGACAAAGAACCAGAAGACGACGUUGGUCAGUCUGACAGUGAGAGUGACGACGGUCAGGGAAAAGAAGAGACUCGCGCAAAUCCUCUCCAGGGAUCCGGUGCCGCAGAAGAAGACGAUGAAGUCGAAGAAACUUCCGCCGCGGUAUCUUCACUGAGCGUGACAGACCAGCCAGCCGCUCAAGACGACAAUAACGAGGAAGAACAGGAAACGGGCUCCAACAACGAUGAAUCCGAACUCGCCACAGAAGUAUCCGAAGCACCCACCAAAACCUCCCAGACCACCCACCAAACUGCCACAUCCUCAGCAUCCAAAAGUGCAGCCCCCAAGCGCGGUCAAAAGAACAAAGCCAAAAAGAUUGCGCAAAAGUACAAAGACCAAGACGAAGAAGACCGCGCCGCCGCCGAAGCCCUCAUCGGCGCAACCAUCGGCCAAAAGCGCCAAGAAGCAGAAGCCAAAGCCAAAGCCGAGAAGCAAGCCGAGCUAGAAGCGGCCAAGGAGCGACGCCGCGCCCAGCACCAGCGAAAGCAGAAGGAAAUCGCGGAGCACGAGGAGAUUCGAAAGGUACUAAUGGAUGAAGGUGUCGACGUGCUCGAUCCAGAGGAAGCAGAGAAGGCUACACCUCUGGACGCAUUGGUCGGCACACCCUUACCGGGGGAUGAGAUUCUCGAAGCAAUUCCCGUGUGUGCUCCGUGGAAUGCCCUCGGAAAGUUUAAAUACAAGGCCAAGAUGCAGCCUGGGGCCGUGAAAAAGGGCAAAGCAACCAAGGAGGUUGUCGAGCGGUGGAAAGCGGAUUCUACGAAAAAGGGGGCCUUGGACGAAUCGUCCCGCGACACAGAGAGGAUGUGGCCACGGGAAGUAGAGCUGAUUAAGGCUUUGAAGGCGGAGGAGAUUGUGAAUUGUGUACCAGCAGGAAAGGUGAGAGUCAUGAUGUCUGGCGGAGGAGGAGGAGGCGGUGGUGGUGCAGGAAAAGGAAAAGGAGGACAAAAGGGUGGCAAGGGAAAGGCAAAGAAAUAG